AUGAAUGCAAAAGACACAAUGCUUGCAAAAGAAAUGAAUGGAAAAAGGAAGAGAGAUGAAGGAACAAGCAGCAAUCACGAUAAAAAGAAAGAGACACGAAGUGUUGGGCAAACAACAGGGAAAAAGAAGAAACUUCCAGGCAAGAAGCCAAAGUUCACUAACUUUACUCCUUUAAUAAUGCCAAUUGAGCAGGUCCUAAUGCAGAUAAGGGACGAUCCCUCCCUGCAAUGGCCAAAGCCAAUCAGCACUCUAGUAGAAAGAAGAGACAAAAGCAAGUACUGCAGAUUCCACCAGGACCACGAGUAUCGCACCGACGAGUGUAAGCAUUUGAAAGAUCAAGUGGAGACUUUGAUCCGAAAAGGAAAGUUACAGAAGUAUAUCAGGAAAAUAGAGCCCCACAGAUACCAACGGAAGGACGAUCAGGACAAAAAUCAGGGAGCAGGAGAAAGCAAACCUCCUACAGGAGAGAUAAAGAUGAUCUCAGGAGGACUAAUAGCAGGCAGAAUAUUGAAAUCCCUAAAAAAAGCCCAUGGAAGAGAAAUAAAUAGUGUCCAUUCGCAGCUCCCUCCAAUGAAGAUGCCAAAGAAUGAGGAGCCUAAUAUUAUUUUCUUAGAGAGAGAUGAUCGUGGCAUUAGGCAACCCUAUGACGAUCCAUUAGUAAUCGUGCUUAGAGUAGAAGAAUUCAACAUCCACCGGGUGUUCAUUGACAACGGCUCAGCAAAUAUCAUCUACUUGUUUGCAUUUCACCUCGCCUCUGGUAAGCUUCACAGGGGAUAG